GCGCAGGAGCAGGACAGACCUUGAAAAACUUGGGGAAGCACAAAGAAAAGACUGCUGUGAAGUUGAAUGUGAGGUUGGCUGUCAUAUCAGACAUCCGGUCAGUGUUUUUAAGUGAGCAGUUCAGGUUUCUAUGACAGGGAGGGACCUAACGUUACCUGUGAGUCUAGCAUGUAGACUGCUGACGGCACUGCCAUGAGCUUCACUGAGAAGUCACGAAAGUCUUGGAUUGAGGAAACUUUCUUCAAGAGAGAAUGUGUAAAGUUUAUCCCUUCCUCUCGAGACCUACACAGAUGUAUUCCCGUAUGUCAAGUAUGCCAAAACUUGAUCAGGUGCUGUUGUGGCCGUCUGAUGGUGGAGCACUCAUGGCAAGAUUCACUUCCCCCCAUAUCCCUCUAUCCUGGUCCAGGACAGGAUGUGGAAGAGGAGUGGUCCAUGCAGCUCCACACCAAAGCCAGUCCCACCAACGCCUAUGGGACCAUAGAUUUUCAGGACAGUGCGACACGCUCCUGUCGGGCCAAGUAUGUUCGCGUGGCUGUGGACUCAAAGCCAGAGAUUUUACUCCAACUGAUGCUGAGGGAGUGGCAGAUGGAGAGACCCAAGCUUCUACUGACAGUCCAGGGAGGCUCAGAGAACUUCACCCUUCCUCCUAAAGUCCAACAGGCCUUCAGCAAAGGACUGAUGACUGCUGCCCGCAGCACAGGGGCAUGGAUACUCACUGAUGGCAUUAAUACUGGUGUGUCUAAGUAUGUAGGCGAAGCAGUGAAAACAUUUGGGGGCCACGACUUGAGGAAGAGAAACACUGUUGGGAUCACACCAUGGGGAGUGAUUGACAACCUUACGGACCUUAUAGGCAGAGAUGUGUUCAGGCCUUACCAGCCACUGGGAAACCCUCUGAGUAAGAGAGCCUGUCUUAAUGGUUUCCACUCCCACUUUCUGCUGGUGGAUGAUGGAACGCUGGGAAAACAUGGCUGUCAGCAAGGCCUUAGGAGGAAAAUGGAGAAACACAUCCAAAUGCAAAAGAUACACCCUCGACUGAACCAAGGAGUGCCUGUGGUGUGUGUGGUGGUGGAGGGAGGCCCUGCCAUUGUGUCCACAGUGUUGGACUACGUUAGCAAUGUGCCCCCUGUGCCGGUGUUUGUGUUUGAAGGAUCGGGCAGGGCUGCUGACCUGCUUGCCUUCUUACACAAGCAGACAGCUGGUGACAGGCAGUUGGAUGCAGACAUUAAAGAGGACUUCCUUGUCAUGAUUGGAGAUGUGUUUGGAGUCGAGAGGCCAGAAGCCUCUAGCCUCUACACUCUCCUCCUGCAGUGUAUGGAUCACAGACAGUCUAUAAGCAUCUUUGACUCAGAAUCAGAGGACCAGAUGGCACCAGAUGCAGCCAUUUUGACCACUACACUUAAGGGCACGAAGGCCAGUCCUGCAGAGCAGUUGAGCAUGGCCCUAGCCUGGGACAGAGCUGACAUUGCACAGAAACACAUCCUGGUGUAUGGACAACACUGGCAGGUGGGUUCCCUGGAGCAAGCCAUGCUGGAUGCUCUGGUGAUGGACCGUGUCAGUUUUGUCAAACUGCUGAUUGACAACGGCAUGACUAUGAGUCGCUUCCUCACUGUGGAUCGCCUGGAGGAGCUCUAUAACACGCCACAGGGGCAGACUGACCGUUUUCUCCAUCACCUCAUUGAAGAUGUAAAACAAACCUCUCUGCCCCUAGGUUACCGCAUUUCUCUCAUUGAUGUGGGCCUUGUGAUAGAGUACCUCAUAGGAGGAGCGUACCGCAGCAUCUACACACGAAAACACUUCCGAGCUGCCUACAGCCGCUUGCAGGACAAGGAGGGCAGACGCAACAGUUCUUCCUCCUUGUCAAAACAGAGACGGGGAUUGAUACCAAACUCUUUGAGGGUCAGGAGUUCCCAAGACCUGCAUUUCUUUAGGACUGCACAGCCCUACAAACGCAAGGACCAAAAAGUGUCACCUGCGACAAGUCGAGAGAUAGUGUUGAGCCCUGGCUGUGAUGAUGCUCCGUUACUGGUUCCCUUCAACUUCAACGACCUGUUUGUGUGGGCCGUCCUUCAGCAGCGGCAGCAGAUGGCACUGUUCCUGUGGCACCAUGGUGAAGAAGCACUUGCACGUGCCACGGUGGCCUGUAAGCUUUAUCGCUCCAUGGCAACUGAAGCACGGCAAAGCAACAUUGAUGAUAACAUCUCGGAACGAUUCAAAGCGUAUUCACUUGAGUUUGGUCAGCUGGCAGUGGAUGCAUUAGACUGUGCAUUUCGUCAGAAUGAGCAGAUGGCCAUGAAGCUGCUGACUUCUGAGAUGGAGGCGUGGAGCCACUUCACCUGCCUGCAAAUGGCUGUCUCCUCUUGUCACAGACCAUUCGUGUCACAUUCCUGCACACAGACCCUCCUCACCGAUCUCUGGACUGGUCCACUUAACAUGAGAAAAAACUCCUUUCUGAAGAUCAUUCUGAGCCUUCUUCUGCCGCCUGCCAUCUUUCUUCUGGAGUUUAAAAGCAAAGCUGAAAUGUGCCAUGUACCACAGUCUCAUGAGGCAAUGCUGUUUGGACGUGACUCCAUGAAGUCUGAAGCAACCCAUGAGAAAGUGGAUCCGGUGGGCAGUCAGGAUGCUGAGCGUGGUCGGUCGUUCCAAGACAUAUGUCUCGGUCCAGUGUCAGAAACGGUUUCCUCUAUGAGCGUGCAGUGUCUGUCUUGGAUCAGAAAACUCUACGAAUUUUACACAGCUCCUGUUGUCAAGUUUUGGUUCCACACAAUGUCCUACUUAGCCUUUCUGAUGUUAUUCUCCUACACCAUCUUAGUGAAGAUGGGUGAUCAGCCAAGUGUUCAGGAGUGGCUGGUCAUAGCGUACAUCUUGUCCACUGCAGUGGAGAAAACCAGAGAGGUUCUAAUGUCAGAGCCGAGAAAGCUGAAGCAGAAGCUGAAGAUUUGGUUCUCAGAGUACUGGAACAUAUCUGACUUCAUUGCCAUCCUCCUAUUCCUGGCUGGAUUGGUGAUGCGUUGGCAUGAGGACCCGUACCGAACGGCCGGGCGCAUCUGCUACUGCCUGGACAUCAUCUUCUGGUUUGUCAGGGUGAUGGAUCUGCUGGCUGUCAAUCAGCAUGCUGGCCCUUACCUCACUAUGAUCACCAAGAUGACCAGUAACAUGUUCUUCAUUGUGGUGAUGAUGGCAAUCGUUCUGCUUAGUUUUGGGGUGUCCAGGAAGGCCAUCUUGUCGCCAAACGAAGAGCCGUCUUGGAGCCUAGCUCGAGACGUAGUCUUCCAGCCCUACUGGAUGAUCUAUGGAGAAGUCUAUGCAUCUGAGAUAAACCCAUGUGAUGAUGGUCAGUCAUGUCCUCCUGCUUCCUUUAUCACACCGUUCCUGCAGGCUGUCUAUUUGUUCUUCCAGUAUAUCAUCAUGGUGAACAUUCUCAUUGCAUUUUUUAACAAUAUCUACUUUGACAUGGCAUCAACAUCCAAUAAGCUGUGGAAGUAUAACCGCUAUCGCUACAUAAUGACUUACCAGGAGAGACCAUGGCUCCCUCCGCCCCUUAUCAUUUUUAGUCACAUGGCCCAAGGCUUGAGAGCCAUCUACAGGACAUUUAGCGGAGAUACUGAGCAGGAAGAGAGAUGCUCUGGACUUAAGCUCUUCUUGGGCCAUGAAGAUCGAAAGAAGCUCCACGAGUUUGAAGAGAAAUGUGUACAGGUUUACUUCCACGAGAAGAGUGAAGGUCUCCACAGCAGUCAGGUUAAUAGGAUCAGAACCACAGCUAAAAGAGCCGAGGAGAUGUUCAUGAUGAUGGGAGAGGUCUCAGAGAAGGUCAACUUCAUUCAGGACAGCCUGUCGGAGUUGGACUGUCAGCUGGGUCAACUCCAGGACCUGUCGGCGCUUGCUGUGGACACCCUAACGCUGCUGUCUGCUUCUGACAGCUUACAUCAGGAAGAGGCUCGCCUGGCUCAAUGCCGACCCAUCACAGUGUCCCAGCAUGUCCUCCCCCACAGCUGGACCCUCCCGCACAGAGGUGGAGCAGACUGUGAUGUGCUUAAUAUGCGGCGACUGAUGGCCAAACCGUGUAAAAGUACUCCGCCUUCAUUGCUGAAGGGCUAUACUCUGAUAGGGAGUAGACUGGCAUCACAGGAAUGCCAUGUGGGAGUCAAGGGGAGCAGGGGAGGAAGACAAGGACACAGAGAGGAGGGAGAGGAAGGAGCAAAGGAGGAGGCACAGGUUGCUGGUGUUCACCAUCCCAGUGACAUGUGGCUUGGAGUCUCUCGAUCUGCAUCCCAUGCUUCCUUUUCGCACCUUCAUGGAGGUGGAGUUCAUCUCAGUGGUUUCAGGGAUCAGACCCCCUUUGAGUCCUGUGGACCUUCCCGCUGUGGGUCUCCUCUUUCUUCCAGGUUUGUUGACAGAGGACUGGAGUCAUCACAUUAUAAACUCUGGUCCUGUGACCCGCACCUGUACCCCAGCCAGGAGGAGACCUCCAUGGAAGAGGAGGAAGAAGGAGAAGAAGGCAAAGAAGAGGCAAAGCAAAAGGAGGAGAUGGCACAAAUAUCCAGAACCUCAAGCAAUGUCGUCCUUCUUUCUCACCCUCAAGACUUCUCUGAGGGUUUAGUAAAUCCUGCCUUUUGUGAAGAUGAUUGCCAACAAAGUUCAAACACAUGUGGAAAACAAGUGAAAUACCCCAGGGGGGCGUUCCUGUCAAGGGACCGCCCCUAUGGCUACUGCAGGUCUCUGUCAUCCAGCAUGGAGAAUAUGACUUUCCCUGGGGUACCCCGCAGUCCAGUGAGGGGAUCUUUUCCUUCCCUUAAUGACCCAGUAAACAAAGGUGGCCAGACCUUUAGGGAUGAGACAUCACUACAAUGCAGCAGGAGCAGAGAGUGGUCAAAGUCCUCGGACUUCACUCAAGACCAAGACAGCAAAAGAAGCUGUCAGAACAGGAAGACAGUCAAGAUACAAGAGAGCAACCCAGACACUGAAACCAUGCAUUCUCAUUUGUCUGAUGCCUGCUGGAGAAGGCGCCGAUGGUUGAAAGGAGAACCUACAUGUUGGUCAGCUUCAACCAGCCUCAGUCAGCUCAACUUUGAACCCAUGGAUUUGUUGCAGAAGCAAGUGUUUUCACACCAGGAUGUGUGGAGCCCCACUCAUUCAACAUGGAACAGCUGGGCCAGACCUAUGAGCCGCAGGUCUUCUUUACAGAGUGGCAUUGCCUCUGAAGCCAAGAGCGCCUCUUUCCAGUCCACUGAUAAUCUGUAUCCACAUUAUUCAGCCAUGGAGAGAAACAAUCUGAUGAGACUGGCUCAAACCAUCCCCUUCACUCCUGUUUCCAUUCUGGGAGGUGAACAGGUGAGCAUUUACUCUUUGGAGGAAGCACACUCUGAUGCUGACCCUGAAUCCAACACAGUGUCCUCCUGGUCGUCAAGAGGCCUGUCUGCUAUGCUGCAGCGCCUUGCCAGUGAAGAGGGCUCUCUGGAUGGGGGUCUUCGGCGGGGUUGCAGGGUGCUGUGUACCUGGGCAGAGGGGGACGUGCUGAGACCUGGUCUGGUAUACGUGGUUAAAGCCUUCAGGCCGGAGGUGGUUCGUGCCUGGCAGAAGUGCUUCCAUGGGAGCACAGCACUGCAGCUUUGUUUGAGGGAGAUCCAGCAGCAGAGAGCAGCCCAGAAGAUGAUGCAGGUGUUCAAUCGGGUCAAACCUGGUGACAUGCACCACUCACCAAGAUUUCUAGAUGUGUCCCUGGUCCUCUGGCAUUCGAAUGGCCAGUGGCUGACUAUUGAGAGGAACAUGUCUGGUCACUUCAGGAAGUACAACAACAACACAGGAGAAGAGAUCACCCCCCUCUGUUCUCUGGAAGAAAUGCUCCUGGCAUUCUCCCAUUGGACCUAUGAGUACUCUAACAGAGAGCUGCUUGUGCUCGAUAUACAAGGUGUAGGCGAGCAGCUGACUGAUCCAACUGUCAUCAUGGCAGAUGUCGAAAGCAGCAGGAAUGAGAUGCUUUUUGGUCCUGAUAACCUGGGAGUGACUGCCAUUAAUGGUUUCCUGCAAAAACACACAUGCAGUGCCUGCUGCCGCAGACUGGGCCUAGCAGAUUUAAGGAGGCGCCCGGACAGCUGCGAGAACAGCGGUGAGGCCGAGCAGACAUCAGGGGAAGAAGAACAAGAGGACGAUUGAAACCAGGAUGUAACCUUUGACCCAGGAAGUAGGGAAAAUAGACACAUACAC